AUGACCAGAAAAGAUCUCAAGGAAAUUUGUGAUACUGAUGACAAAAACUAUAUCGAUAGCUUAUUUUUCGAUUCACUUCCGAAGUCAGCUAAAAUGUUAAAACCCGAGGAGCUAACCGAAACCCCAUUCAUAAUCGGUACUGAGGGGACGAGCUACGUAGAUCAAACCUACUUCCAAGGCGAUGCAUUCCAAACCGAAAAUGUUGCUGAUUGUAUCCUUGACAUUCGGGAGCAGCUCUCUAUCAAUCAAUACACUGGUGGAAAACUUGAUUUUAAAAAAAGCAAGAAGACUCCAAAAAAACGCCGAGAUUCUCUUGGUUAUCACAUACCUGACGAUGAUUCGAUAAAAUUUCACCUCUUAUCAGAAGACGAGGCUUCAAAUGUUCUUUACAAUUGCAUAAUUGGUUUAAAUGAAAACGUAAUUGCUAUCAACAAGCCUCCUGGAAUUGCAUGUCACGGUGGGGAGCGUCAGCGCUUCAGUGUAGAUAGCCUUCUUCCCCGAAUUGCCUAUAGAUUUCGUGCUGACGGAAAUAACGAUAGUGAAACUUUUCAACUGACUCAUCGGAUUGACAAAGAAGCCACCGGCCUUAUUCUCGUAUCAAGGAACCAGGACUCGCACCUCAAAUUAACCGAAGCAUUUGCCAAUCGGUGGAUUCGAAAAUCCUACCUCUGCAUUACAUCUGGAAUUCCACAAGUGAAAGAAGGCGAUAUCUACUUUCCUAUAUCAGAAAAAUAUGUUGGUGGGAAGUACCGUAUUGUUGCGCAUCGUCCACCUACAAAACCUAAAUCAUCAGAUAGUGACAUUCUCUAUGACGAAGGCGAUAAUGAAAUAGAGAAAUUAUGUAAAAAGACCAACGCGAUAACCCAUUAUAACAUGCUAGACAGAUGCAAUGACGCGGCCUUGAUUGAGUGCUUCGCCGUUACGGGUUUAAAGCAUCAGAUUCGAGUUCACCUAAGCACAGCUCUAGGCACUCCAAUCCUAGGUGAUCACAAGCACUCUCAUUAUGGGUUUCUAGCGCCACAGCGUCUCUCAAAAAGAACCUUGGGAGCUUUAGGAAUUCGACAAUCGAAAGUUCGCUAUAUAGGGCUACAUUUACAUGCUCACAUGUUGAAGUUUGAUGGAGGGCCCUCUCGCAAUGCAAAGUCAGAAAACUUGUACCCAAAUUUUGCAUCGAAACCACCACCUCCUGGAUUCUUCACCUUUUUAGGUAGAGAAAAGGAGCGGGAAGUUCGUCAAUUUGUUGCUCCAGUGCCGUCAUUCUUUCUACGCACUCUGGGCUUCUUGGGAAUGAAAAUGCCGCAUGCCAUGCCUUGGACUCGAUUUAAGAUGUUCUGA